GCACUUUUGUUUUGACCGGCACUCGGUCCUUGACUUCCGGUUACCAGGUCGGUCACGGCCACCGCACGUGAGCCUCCUGGAGUGGUGAGGCGGACUCGAGACUGCUUCGCAAUCGGGUCAAGUCCAACCAAAUCAGAGCGGAGGACUCUGGAUCUACUUUGGCGUGCAAUUGUGCGGAUUUAUUCGACGCCUGCACGGCACCCCAACUUUGACGCCGGAAGAGACGCUCAGGUUAAUUGCAAACACCUGAGGGGGAGGAAGAAAGGAGGACUGCAAGAUAUCUCGUCCUCUUCUAUGUUUUUGCACACUGUUGCAGCGUGAUUUGAAUUAAAAAUUGUCCAAAUGGCGACAUUUUGACCCUCCGCAACCGAACUUGUUCCCUCGAAUGGGGAACCACAUGGACCGGUUAAAUUACGCCGAAGUUCCCACCGUGGACCCGCACGGCGUGGACCUGGACGAGGGCCCUUGCAUUGGCGUCUCGUACAUUUUCUCCGGCGGGGACGACGAGGAGGACGAACCGGAUGUAGGUGGUGAUGUUGGAGGUGCGGCGGAUGGGACUCAGCCAAACGCGAACUCUGAAGAAACGCCGUUCGACCCCCGGGAGGAGGUGGAGUGCGCCGUGUACAAGCUGGACGAAUGCGUGUACGAGAAGUGCCGCCGGUCUUCCAGUUUGGAGGUGUAUUCGCCGGAGAACCUGCUCAACAAGUGCCGCGCAGGCGACCUGGUGGAGUUCGUAGCCUGCGGCCAGUACCCGCACUGGGCGGUGUACGUGGGCGACUUCCAGGUGGUCCACCUGCAUCGUGCAGAGGUGAAGAGCGCCUUCCUGACGGAUGCCGGCCGAGGGAGACUCUGCCGGAUCGUUAACGAGCGCUACAAGUUCCGAGCCCGAUACCCCGACGCGGUGGUGCAGAGCGCCCUGGAGCAGGUGGGCCUGAAGGACCACGAGCUGAGCUGGCGGAACUCGGAGAGCUUCGCCGCCUGGUGCCGCUUCGGCCGGCAGGAGUUGAAGGCCGGCAGCGCGCUGCCCGCCCGUGCCCACCACCAAUCGUACACACUGCACGUCUUGCUGGGCGAACACAAGUAUUCGCAUGCCCUCGAGUUCCAGAGCCUGGAGGACGCGAUCGCUGAGAAGAGACGUGGGGACUCCCUGGGUCGGACUGCCCUCCUCCGGGAGCUGGCCGCCCACAUGAGGACCGAGAUCGGAGAUCACUGAUGGCAACAAUCCGACCAUCUUGCUCUUCUUCAAGUCUGCUUUUAGCGCCUUAAAUGGGGGCUUGGACAUACUGAAAUGUUUCAUUCCAAAUUGUUCGCAUGACUCACAAAAGUAAGUUUUAAAUUUGUCCUCAAUUUGAUGUUAUAGCCUCAAACCUGCGGGAUAUGAAACGAUGAAUUGACCCCAAAAAAAUUUAAGCGAAAUCAAGCUCAAGGUAACACAAAUUUUAACAACGGACUAAACUGCUCAGAGCAACUCUCGUCACACGUCACUCACCAGGGUGAGCCCCGCCCUUUCAAAGUCACAGUGGUGAACGUGAGCGUGCUGACCUCAAGUGGCUUGCUGUUGAAUCAUCUUUUUAUGCACGAAUUGAUCCGAUAAUUGGUAGAAUUCUUGAUUCUGAAAAUAUUUGAUUAAUCUAGCUGCAGGAGGUUUAAGCAUUUUUUUUCAUGCAGUAAAAUGAUCUUUUUAAUGUACAGUGGAGCCUCGGUUUUCAACCACAAUCUGUUCCAGAAGGCUGUUCGAGAAGUGAAUCGUUCGAAUUCCGAAUCAUGUUUUCCCAUUACACAAUGGAAAAACGCCUUUUCAAAGCAUUUUUUCAUUUGCGCAUUUUUGUUCGAUCGCGCAAAUGCAGCGCACCGCUGAACGCGCAACCAUAGCGUGUCGCCGACCGCGUAACUGCACUGCCCUGGUCGCAUUAUUGUGACAGAGCCGUCGCUGUAAUUUAGAAAAUAUUUUUAAAGUCCUAAUGGACUUUCCAAAAUUUAAGUGGACCUCAGUGCGCAGGGCAGUGACGUGCGGUGAGGGUUGGGGUUGGUGAGGCACUGACUCAGAGUCCGAUUUACAAACGUACUGUAUGACGCUAAGGCACUGACUCACAAGUCAGACUGACAAGCAUACAUGGUUGUCAUCCCAUUUUUGAUUAAAUUUAAUAACAUUUUAAACACACCACUGUACAUUUAAACACACCACUGCGGUAUUCUUACCUUUACUUGUAAAUAAAGUCUUUUUUAGAGUACCAAUCCUUUUGAAACGAACAUGUUGUAGUCCCUCCCGGGAGGCCCGUAGUUUGAAUUAAUCCUCGCAAAUCUGGCGUUGGUCUUCCCUUACUUAUGAUUUCUUGCUUUGACUGAAAGUCAAGUUUAGAAAAAUUUCUUAUCUUCGAGAUUAUAUCCUCCAUUUUCAGGGAAAAUAAAGCCAAAUAGCAACGUGUUAGCACCGAAUGUCGUUGGUUGUUUUUCUUUUAUUUUGUUUCUUAAUUUGCUCUCGCAUUUACUCGUGUCGUGAACUAUUAGCCGCAGGCUCACUAUCUUUGAGGCAAAAGUACUGGCUGCCUCAAGGCCCGUAUUUUCACGCUGACUGCAAGCACGCGCCAUUUGCACGCGCUCAGUACAGUGUGUGAGUGGUGCACACUCUCACACGCACGCACUGAGAGACACUACCCGUCACUGCCUCAGCCUCCAUGAUUCUCGUCUCCCGCUGUUAUUUGAACAAGAAAUACAGCUAUUUUGACUAUGAAAAUUACCCAAAUGUAUAGGAAACACACCAAAAUUGCAUGAAAAGCAUAGAGCACAGGACAGAUAUUAUAUUAUGUUUUACUAUAUUAUUCAUUUUUUAACAACUUAUGGUGACAGCUGAGGAAACCAUGUUGAGCCCUUUACCGCCCCUUUAGGAGCGUCUUUGUGUUUUAGGAUGACUUUACUGCUCGCACUUGCUUCCUUUGGAGGCAUGAUUAGAGUUGAUGCAAUCCUCAGAGUAACGAGAAUGUAAUAACGAACGGAGUCAGUUGGCAUGCGGGUCCUCUCGGCUCAUCUUGUGUGGUUCGACAUCCGAAGCAAAAAAAUCUCUUUUUUUUUUUUUGUUCGAAUACCGAUUUGUUUGAGAACUGGGACGUUCGAAAACCGAGGCUCCACUGUACUUUAAACUCUUAUUAUAUUGGCUAAAAGAGGUGCUUGUGCAUCUUGUGUUGAUAAAUGUCCUCAAGUUUGUAGGUCAAAGUACUUGAAAAUGUUACUUCGUGCUAAAACAAUUUAGAUUCAGCUUUUCAUUUUGUUACAUGUACAACUGGCUUGAUUUUGAAAAGCGACCAUGUACUGGUAUAUCUUGAAGUAUGCUUAGCAAUGUAGCAUGUGAUUAUUUUUGUCUUUGCUUUGAAAUCUCAAAAGCAGCUCCCCAAUCUGCGCUUUGAUGUCGCCGGCGUGCUAAUCCGCGUCAUACUGUAGCGAUUGUUGAAUUUCGAGAUAAUCUCCCUUUUUUGCUUUCUUGAGAUUAACGCAGGAAUUUGAUGUUUUUUUCUUUAUUACGCACAGUUAGUUAUGUAAUGUGUGCCGUCUACUAGUGUUGUGUGACGUCAGAAGUUGAGCGUUGACUUACGUGCUUAUUUGUGUCUGUUGCAGAACCACACACACACACACACACAAACACACUUCGUACAAUAAUCACACACACACACAAGAAUCUCAUUCACACACCCAAAGACCCAUGUACACUACACACACCUGCACUCACAUCCUUACAACAAAACAUGUGCCCAUACCCUUUUGCCAGUUUGCCUGUAUGCCCCUAUGAGCAACAGUGCCUGUUACUUUUUUGCCAAUAAUUCAGUAAAACAGUCAAAACUGCACCAAGUCUUCCCGCCUGUGUUGUGGAGUUGGAGCUCAAUUUAGUCUAAAGCAGUGUUUUGGUGAUCUUGGUGACAAGCAACUAUGUCAGGGGUGGGCAAACCUUUUGACUUGCGGGCCGAAUUGGGUUCUAAAUUUUGACCGGGGGGCCGAACCAGGAGCAGAUGUAGUGUUCGUGUGAAGAAAUAUAAAUGACAUGUAAGGUUCAUUGCAUAAAAGGUUUUUACUUUUAGUAGAUACUAAAGCAUGGAUAUUAAAAAAAGCUUUUUGAAAAAUAAUGCAUUUAUUAACAGCAUUAAAAAAAUAUUUCACCAACAAAAUAUUAUCAGUGAUUCUUAUUAAAUACGACACUGUUAUGAUGAAUAACAUUUUCCAUUGCUUCAGCGCCUGCAGGUCAGAUUUAUGAAAUAUGUUUAUCUAAUGAGGCAAAAUCACAUCCAACGGCAAAUAUUCUGACCAAAUACAUCAUCUUGAAGAAUCAGUGAAAGAAUACAUCUAAAUAAAGUAAUAAAGAAA